AUGGACCCUGACAGUGGUUUCUGUAGCUCUUCUUUUCCGCUGAGGAUCAGAUUGCUUAAAUUACUACUAGCAUUGAUUGAGGCAAGUGCCCUAAAUGUUGUUGUUUCGGUUCUGCCAGAAGCUCUCCAACCUGUUUGGACCAAUGGCUACCGGAAAUCUUGGGGUAUGAAGCUGCAGUCCUCUUCCUCUGUUGAAGACCUACUUCAGAUUCUGACACUGUUGGAGGGUGGCUUGAAGAGGGAUUAUUUGUCCUCUAACUAUGAAACCAGCAGUGAACUUUUAAGCUCGUCUGGCCCAUCUGGAUGCGCUGCUCAAGAUUCUUUCAAUGCAGAAACAGUUCCUGUUCUGCCAUGGUUACCACAAACAACAGCUGCUGUAGCUCUAAGGGUCAUUGAAUUUGAUGCUUCCAUCUCAUACAUGCUCCAUCAGAAACUGGAGUUACAGAAGGACAGGAGUGCUGGGAACUUUAUUAAGCUUCCAUCCAAGCAUGCUGUCAUGAAGAACAACCCAGAUCAUGAAACCACUGGAACUCCACAUCGGGCUGGGUUAUUUCAAGAAGAUAAUUGGGUUGAUGUGGGGAUUGGGUUAGCUGGAUUGGGCCGUGAACAAGGGAUCCGGGGGAGAGGUCGAGGUCGCACUCGUGGUGGUAGAUCACAGACAAGGAUCAUUAGUUCCAGAUCAGAAUCUAGCAAGAGAAGUGCUGCCAGAAGUAGUGACAUUUUAGAGAAGGUAUUGUCAUGGAAAGGACGACCACGUGGCCGUGGAGGGCGUAAGCGCGGACGUCGCAGCGUUAGAAGUAGGCAAAAAGCAGUCAAGAAAGCGGCUGAGAUCAUUCCUGAGAGAAAGAUCCUCAAAGAAACUAUUUAUGAACAGUCGACACGAUGCUUGGGAAGGGAUGACUGGAAUGGUGAUGAAACAAGGUUCCAUGCCGAGGAUGCUGAAAAUGCCAGCAGCUCUGAAAGAUCCGAGUAUGAUGAUGAAAAUGAAAAUAUUCCGGCAUCAGGAGAUGAAUAUGAUGAUCUAGUAGUUGAUGACUAUGCUGGUGGUUUUAAUGGCAAGUCUGAUGACUUACUGGAGGGAAGUGAUUAUAAUAUUGAUGCCAACGAAGAUGAUGAUGAUGAUGCCAUGAAUGAAGAUGAAGAUGAGCUAGGGGAUUUGGAUGUUGAGGAAUACAUCAAUGGAGACUCUGAUGAGGAUGGAAUCAGGAAUGGAGAUGGAGGGCUAAAUGGGGACCCAGAUGAUGGCACUGAAUCUUCGUCUUCAGAUUUCAGUGACUAG